AGCGACCUGCGUACCGAAACGUCAGUGGUACAAAAUUGAGCAGAUGUUUAUUGUUUUGGUUUUGUUUUGCAAGUGAAUAUUACGAUGUCGGAAGAUUGUAAAUCUGAUUCUUCGACUUCAGAGUCAGAAGUUAGUGCUUGUAGUUCCAAUUAUAAUCCAUUGAAGGCUCUAUACUCUGAUAAAGUAAAGAUACCGGUCGAAUCGGCGCCGUUGUAUGAAAACAUUGCUCAAUUUGAAGCUGCACAGAGCAAAGCAAAUGAAGUAAUUCCUUUUGGACAGGCGAAAUUGGUUCAGAAGAGAGAAGAAGAAAAGGAAAAGAAAAGACUUGAGGAGGAGAGAUUGUUAGAAGAAAAGAACAAACGCCGGUUCGCUCAGUAUGAAACAGCCAUGGUGCCAACAAAGGAGUAUAGAGAGAGGAACCUCCUCACUCGUAUAGAGGCUAUGGAAGGACCUCUUGGGGUUCUAAAGGAGUGCGUUGACAAGAGGCUUAGAGUUAAGAUAAUCACACGUAGUCACACAGGAGUGAGAGGAGUACUACAUGCGACCCUCGUAGCGUUUGACAAGCAGUGGAACAUGGCGCUCAGUGAUGUUCUGGAAGUGUGGCAGAGAAAGAGGGUGAAACAGAGGAAGAUCCCUCCUGUAAUGGGAAAACCAGUACCGAAGGGCACGGCGUCAAAAAUCUCUACAAUCCCGGUGGUGACAGAAACUCCUCUUGGGAAGGGAAUAUACGAGUGCAAGAGACACGUGCCGCAAAUGAUGAUGCGCGGUGAACACGUAGUACUAAUCAACGUGGUGGAGCGGUGACCUCUUCUAAACACUGCCAGCCUGGUAGCUCGAAUGUGUUGCAGACUUUUUGCGCGAACUUUGUUGUAAUCUCAUGUUAACUUUUUAUGUCACUUGCUAGUUACUAUUAUAUUGUUCUGAUAGUUUAUAGUACCUAAUACGCUUAUCGAUCGUAGAUCGCUGGAAUGUAACCGAUGGUGCUGCUAUUGAGCUAGAAAAUAUGUUGUAACUAGUUUUAAGGAGCUUAGUGUUCAAAUGAGCCUUAAAUAAAGUUAUUUUCUUAUAUCAAAUAAGUUU